AUGGCCGAAAAUAUCAUCACCCAGGUGACACAGGAUUCAGGUAGUGCCCUGCCAUUGGGAUACGAUGACCAUGACGGGCAAAUUGACUACAACUCCAGGAUAAACUUGAACAUUCGCGGUAAAGACUUCAAUAUCACUAGAGACGAGCUUAUGAGCUUGCCUGAAAGCAUAUUGUUGAGUUUAUUCCCAAAUGGUGUCUUUUUGGACAUCAGUGGCCAAGUUAUUAGCAAUUUGACUGAGGAUGACAUUGUCUAUGUUAACUUCGACCCAGAUUGUUUCGAGUAUAUUUUGAGUACCUUCGGUAAAGCUCAGCAGGACCUCUUAUCAAUGUCGGGGACCAUUUCACCCCAAAUCACUGGAGCCAGUAGACUUGACUCUGCUGCGUCGGUUUUACAGACAAAGCCUGCAAUCAUUGUGUUGAGAGAAGAUCUUGACUAUUACGUCAUUCCGCCAGUCGCAGGUUGCACUGCUGAAGACAUUAAGCACUUGAAGAUUGAAGUCGGCACUCAAAUUGGGAGCCACAAGCUUGUCUUUUCUGGACUCGGGUAUGAUCUGACUUUGUCUCCCACAGUGGAGCAGAAGCUUGGGCCCGCAGAACAACACCUUUUCGACAUGUUGUGUACUUCUGGAUUUGAAAGGGAUCUGCUUUGGGGCAGCCGGUCGAUGGAACCUGAUAGAUGUGUGAUUCAGUCGUUGCUGUUGGUUCGUCUCAUCACGGAAUCGCCAACACCCCCAGAGUCUCCACUGUUGAACCCGGUCACUUCGAAUGCCUCUACCAGAUCUCGGUCCAGAUCAAGAAUUGCCUCUUUAGCAAACAGUGCCAGUCGUGCUGCAUCGAGAUCGUUGUCAAGGGCAAGAAAAAACAACGAAGCCAACUACACAAAGUUGUUACUCUUCUGGAGGAAGCCAGCCAGAAAGUGUUGGUGGUCCAACCAGGAACUUGCAAUCCCCACCGGAGGUCUGAGUCUUGAGAAGCUCGGAAAAGAGGUGAAUGUUAAGAUUCACGUGAGAAGAGUAUGGACUUUAGAGUUGUCUGUCAUUGGUGUGCAGUAG